AAAAUGGGGACAGGGUGUGGAACUGCUUAAGGAUGUGUGUUUGGAGGUCAGAAAGGUCACUCAGAGGUCAAGGACACGCUCCUGGGGCGGGGCCAGCAAGGCUUCCCCUUGAGCCUCAAAUCCGCUUAACGACGCGAUGGGGCCGGGGAAGCGCGCGCCCUACCUCGCGGAAGCUUGGAUCUCGGCGCGCGCCGUAGACGUCGUGACAGAGGAGGCCCGUUGCCUUGGAGCCGGCGAAACGCCGCUCGGCCUCUGCCUCUGGGCAGCGCGCGGCCCGCGGGCCCUGGUCAUCAUGUCUGUGCUGGACGCGCUUUGGGAGGACCGGGAUAUCCGCUUCGACGUGUCAUCGCAACAAAUGAAAACAAGACCUGGAGAAGUUCUUAUUGAUUGUUUAGAUUCAAUUGAAGACACCAAAGGAAAUAAUGGGGAUAGAGGUAGACUCUUAGUAACAAAUUUAAGAAUUAUUUGGCACUCUUUGGCAAUAUCCAGAAUCAAUCUUUCUGUUGGUUACAACUGCAUACUAAAUAUCACAACAAGGACUGCCAACUCUAAAUUACGAGGCCAAACUGAAGCUCUUUAUAUACUAACAAAAUGUAACAAUACUCGUUUUGAGUUUAUAUUUACAAAUUUGGUUCCUGGAAGUCCUAGACUUUUUACUUCUGUGAUUGCAGUACACAGAGCAUAUGAAACUUCUAAAAUGUAUCGUGAUUUUAAAUUGAGAAGUGCACUAAUUCAAAAUAAGCAACUAAGAUUAUUACCACAAGAACAUGUAUAUGAUAAAAUCAGUGGAGUGUGGAAUUUAUCCAGUGAUCAGGGAAAUUUAGGAACCUUUUUUAUUACCAAUGUGAGAAUUGUGUGGCAUGCAAAUAUGAAUGACAGUUUUAAUGUCAGUAUACCAUAUCUGCAAAUUCGUUCAAUAAAGAUUAGAGAUUCAAAAUUUGGUUUAGCUCUUGUCAUAGAAAGCUCUCAGCAGAGUGGCGGAUAUGUUCUUGGCUUUAAAAUAGAUCCUUUGGAAAAACUACAAGAAUCAGUUAAGGAAAUCAAUUCACUUCACAAAGUCUAUUCUGCCAAUCCUAUAUUUGGAGUGGAUUAUGAGAUGGAAGAAAAGCCACAGUCCCUUGAAGCUCUGACGGUUGAACAAGUUCAAGAUGACGUAGAAAUAGACUCUGAUGAUCACACAGACGCUUUUGUGGCUUAUUUUGCUGAUGGCAAUAAGCAACAAGAUCGUGAACCUGUAUUUUCAGAAGAACUGGGGCUUGCAAUAGAGAAAUUGAAGGAUGGAUUCACCCUACAGGGACUUUGGGAAGUAAUGAGUUGAUCUUGAGUUGAGCUGGAUUUCUUUUUAAAGAUACGUCAAGAUUAAAGAUACUAGUCGCCUGCUAUAAGGCGUGGAAUAGUUUUUACAUUUACAGAAAAAGCUUUUAAGAAAGAAUUUUUUAAUGAUUAAGGAAAACCUCAUUUAUCUAAGAUUUACUGCCAGUUUUCUAAAAAUUAUAUUUAAAAUUGUAAUUGAAAUGUAUCCAGUUUGUAAAUAUUUUUAUUUUGUACCUAAUACUUGUAAAUUAUUAGUCUGCAGAUAUUACAUGACUGUAUCAUGUUGGGUUUAAUAAAGAAUUUAUGCAGCACCAUUUAACGUUUUGAAAGUAUUAUUUAAAAGAAUAAGACUAUUCUUAUGGAGUAAUUGAAAUCCUGCUUUUUUAAUUGUAAAAAUCUGGUUUAAAUAUAUUAUCACAUCACUCCAAAUGUAAGCCAACUCUAAAAAAAUUACAAUCCUUAAAUUUGUCAUUUUUGGGUGAUCAUUUCUGUGAAAACUAAAAAUUAUAGCUAACUCUGGAGUAUAUCAACCACUAUGUGAAGUUUUAAGCACUAUUUUAAAAAUAAUUUCAAU